ACCGCCGAAGAAUACCGACGACUGCUUCGCGAAGAGAAGGAGCGACACAUCGCCGAAGAGUACCUCCGAAAGCGAGGCAUUCAUAAUGUGGAGCAACUGUUUCCGCCGGCGCCGCAGCCGACCGGCGAAGACGUGGUCAAGAAGACCAACGAUGUGGCCAUCGAUUGCGAUAUCGAUCGUGUGAACGAAGAGCUGCUGAAAGAGUUGCACGAUUUGAAGGACACGGAGGAAGUGAUCGACGAGACAACGAUAAUGUCGUUGAUUAAGAAAAUGAACGCCACUUUCAGCUCUUUGACCGACGAGUUAGCGGCCGCCCAAAGAGAGGAACAGUUCUGGAGACACAAGUUUAUGGCCGGAGAGGAGAAGUUCUCGAAGCGAAAACGCAACACCGAUUGGACACAAACAUUGGCUAUCAUUUCAGUUCAUUCGAGUCAUUCGAGGCCGAGAAUUGUGGUCAAAGACGGGCAUAUAAUCUUCGAGACGGCUAUUAAUAAAAACAUAACCUUCCGGUCGAGUGGCGGCGGAAGGAUAACAGUUGACGGCCAGGACAUGACCAGAAUCGCGGAAUUGGCCAGAGGGGCAAAUCUGGAUUCGAUGAGCGGCUCCAAAGUGGCUCAAUUGCAAGACGGUGUGGAUCAGCUAAAGACACAGUACUCUAACCUCGUGAGUGCAGUGGUCGAAAUGAGAUCCAAGCAAUUGGCCUUCAAUGACAGCACCAAUAAGUUAAACCAAAUCCUGGGCACCGGUUCUAACGCUCUGACGCCCGGCACUGUUCGCAGAGCUCUUCGUAAGAUUCAAAGAAUCGAUACAUCAUUGAACCAAUUAACUCAACUAUUGGAGAAGAAUGAAUGCGAUAGCAAUCCGUGCAGAAAUGGUGGCACUUGUGUCGACACGUAUAACGGUUUCAUCUGCAAGUGUCCGACCACUUGGGAGGGUGUGACGUGUGAUACGGAUGUGAACGAGUGUCUGAGGUUUGUGGGCACAGAGUUGGGCUGUCAGAAUGAGGCCACCUGUCAAAACACUCCGGGCAGCUAUCGGUGCAACUGUAAGGCCAACUGGUUUGGCAUUCACUGCACCGAACAGCACGACGACUGCUCUUCGGCCUCCAAUGAGGCCCUCUGUGGUCACGGGACGUGUCUUAAUCAGAAGAGGAAUAUCAUCGGUCUUCCCAAUUAUUAUUGCAUUUGCGAUCAGGGGUGGACAACAAGCGGUCAUAACCCGGCCUGUGUUAUAGACAUAGACGAGUGCGCCGAUCGAAAGCCUCAGUGCUCAGCGAACCCGCCGGUCACGUGUAUAAACGCCCCUGGUACUUUUUACUGCGGCCCCUGUCCUCACGGUUUUACAGGAAACGGAUAUUAUUGUCACGAUAUCAACGAAUGUGAGCUAAAUAACGGCGGCUGUUCUCAAUCACCUCGUGUUCAAUGUGUCAAUACUGUCGGCUCAAGAAUAUGUUCGUCGUGUCCGCCCGGCUAUAAUGGCAACGGUAUAACGUGUGACUUUGUGGGCACAUGUCAUCUAAACAACGGUGGCUGUCAUCCAUCGGCUCAAUGCUUUGAGAAUAUGGCCAUUUCAUCGGCUUUCAGACAAUGUCGCUGUCCGGCCGGGUAUAUCGGCAGUGGUAUUGGACCCAAUGGUUGUGUGGCCCAAACUGGGACCACAUGUACGAGCAAUCCUUGCAGUCAUGGCUCGUGUAUUCCGAGUGGAAACACAUUUUCGUGUGUUUGUUACGCGGGUUAUACCGGAAGUCUUUGCGACCAAGAAAUCAAUGAAUGUGUGCCCAAUCCGUGUCAAAACGGCGGCACCUGUACUGACCAACAAAACGGUUUUCUAUGCGUUUGCACCGAUCGAUAUCAGGGAACCACGUGUUCAGAGCUUCGACAGACAUGCGGCGGCUCUUUCAGUACAGAAGCGGGAAGUAUUAGUUUCCCAACGGAUCCCAACGAUGUUUACCCGAACCGUACAUGCGGCGGCUCUUUCAGUACAGAAGCGGGAAGUAUUAGUUUCCCAACGGAUCCCAACGAUGUUUACCCGAACCGUGUGAGCUGUGCCUGGCGUCUCACCACAACCACCGGCAAAGUAUUGAACGUCACUUUCCGUAUGUUUAAUCUGGAGUCCACUCCCGACUGUUCCUUUGACUUCUUGCAAAUACACGACGGACCCAAUGCCGGCGCUCACAGUUUGGGCAGAUUUUGCGGCACUAACUUACCUAAAGAGGGAACUAUUAUCACUACUCAUCAUCAAAUGUAUUUAUGGUUCAGAUCUGAUCACUCCAUCACUCACGAGGGCUUCCAAUUGGUGUGGAAUACAACAGAACCAGUGUGUGGCGGAGAGUUGGAAGAGAAGGAGUACGGAUCAAUUAAUUCGCCCGGAUAUCCGGGUAAAUACGCGCACAAUCGGGACUGUUAUUGGUUAGUUCGCGUACCGCUCGGCAAACGGAUUCAGUUUCACUUCGCGACCCUUCAAAUUGAAAGACAUCCCGACUGUAGCUUCGAUUACGUGGAGGUAUUUGAUGGUCAAAGGGAUGUCGAUGUGGUUUUGGGCAAAUACUGCAACUCGACAACACCGCCGCCCCUCAUAAGCUCCGGACCCUUUGCUUUGAUUCAUUUCCAUUCAGACGACUCCAUGUCUGACAAUGGCUUUCAUAUAACAUACUCUUCUGUGCCGGGAAUACCUGGUUGUGGCGGAACUCUCACUUCUGAGAAGGGAUCAUUCAAUUCGCCCAACUUUCCCGAUAAAUACGAAAAUAAUGUGAUCUGCGAUUGGAUUAUAAGGAUUCAUCCGUUGGAAAGGAUUGAGAUUAGAUUUACAUUAUUUGAUUUGGAAAAUCAUAAUAAAUGUAAUUUCGAUUACUUGGAGAUAAGGGAGGGCGACAACAGUGAAGCCCCGCUUAUCAAUAGACUUUGCGGCCAAGAGAUGCCCCGAUCUAUCGUUUCUAAAGGUAAUAAACUAUGGAUUAAGUUUAGAGCCGAUUCUUCUUUCACUGGACAAGGAUUUCGAGCCGAAUAUUCAACGGUUUGCGGAGGACUUUAUACAGACACGGAGGGAGUGAUAACAUCGCCAUUCUUUCCGGAUCCGUAUCCGUCUGACCGCAAGUGUCUGUACCAUAUUGUGCUUCCGAUGGGAAGUCUAGUUCAGCUCAGUUUCCUGCACUUCGAUGUCGAGGGAUCUAUUGAUUGCACGUAUGAUUACCUCGAAAUACGCGAGUCUAACGAAAACGGCACAAAUUUGGGCCGAUAUUGCGGUGCGAUAUUACCCGAGACAACGACAUCCAAAUAUAAUGAACUGUGGCUUAAGUUCGGAACCGAUGGCUCCGUUAGUAAUCAUGGAUUUCACGCCAAUUACAGCAGUAUUGAUAUCGGAUGUGGAGGUGUAUUAACAACAAAUCACGGCUCACUCACAACACCAAAUCACCCCAACUUUUACCCCCAUUCGGCCCAAUGUUCGUGGCUUAUAAGGGCUGACAUCGGAUUUGUGGUGAGACUUACGUUCACUGUAUUCGCGUUGGAAUCUCAUCGCAACUGUAGUUACGAUUUCGUGGAAAUCAAAGAUUCAAAUAACGCACUGAUCGGCAGAUAUUGCGGCAAUCGAUUGCCACCAGUGCUCACAUCCACCGGAAAUCAAUUGUUCGUAUCGUUUAAGUCCGACCGAAGGCGAGCGCAGGAGGGCUUUGCGGCCGCCUAUGCUUUCCUCGAUGUGACCCAUUCUUGUGGCGGAAACUAUUUCACGGAUUCCGGAAUUAUCCGAUCGCCCGGUUAUCCAACCGCUAAUUAUCCGCCGCAAAGAGACUGCGUUUGGCUCUUGGAAGUGGACAACGGACGACAAAUUGUGCUCAAUGUGACCGACUUUGAACUGGAAGGCGGUUCCGGUUGUCGUUUCGAUUUUCUCGAGAUAAGAAACGGAAGGGAAGAGCGAUCGCCACUUAUUGGAAGUUUUUGCGGCAAAACUAUUCCUCAAACCAUUACAUCUCACGGACACGUAUUAUAUCUUCGUUUUAAAUCCGACCGAACAAUGAGUGCCAAAGGUUUUGAGAUAACGUACGACAGCGGGACUACGGGUUGCGGCGGCCUUUUGACCACUCAAACGGGAUCUGUUGAAAGUCCCGGUUAUCCGCAGCCGUACGCACACAACGCUGAGUGCGUUUGGUUGAUAUCGGUGUCCAAAGGCUCGACCAUAAGCCUAACCAUCUCUGAUAUGGACAUCGAAGCGCAUUCCACGUGUCGUUUUGAUUAU